GUAUCAACAUUCGCGAGAGUUUUAUCGUAAAAUUGAAGACGUCCUAUGAAAAUUAUCCGAAGAAUAUGUAAAUCUCUUCAAAAAUACCGCGAAAUAUGGGCGUAAAAUAACCUCUCUAAUAAUUAGUCAAAUAUUGAUUUUGGAGUAAUUUUUGGAGUAUCAAUCGAUCAUUUUUCCGCUCAUUUUGAUUCAGUAUGACGCGAACCAGAAAAAAUUCCCCGGAACGCCCUGCGGAUACGUUUGCAAAGAGUUGCACACAGGAAUUCGAAACGAACUAUUUCUUUUCGUUGCAAGGCAAUAACAAGUCCACUAAUACGCAAUCACGAAGACGAGCUUCGAAAAUAUCCGCUUCGAGUGUGGAGAUGUAUCUUAGGAUAAAACCAUACUGGAUUCGACAAGACAAUUACAUCUUACUCGACAUGAGAACUCUUUUAACAACAUUUCAGCCGUUUAAGGAUAAAUUUAUUCGAAAUUCGAGAUGUGCGAAAUCGAGCGAGGCCAAAGGCAGUCGGCAUGUCUUUACGAAGAUUUUUGGACCACAAACUUCGCAAGAGGAGAUGUUCGAGGGAUCCAUAAAACAUCGAGUCGUGGAGUUUCUCAGUGGUAAAAGUUCAACCAUCAUGACUUACGGCAUGAUGUAUUCCGGGAAGACUUACACGUUGUUCGGCACGUCCUUAUCGCCCGGUAUAAUAAUGCUUAGUAUCAAUCUUGUAUUUUCGACGAUAAACUGCACUGUACAGCCAUGGUACAAACGGACGUUUCAAGACACUAUGGUCUACUUGAAUGAGAUCGUGCGAGCUUCGAAGAUGCAACGAAAAACGCGAGUAUUAAAUGGACAAUCAAAGAAUGUUAAUCAGAUAUCUGCGGAAGCCAAAAAGUUUUUCGAGAACUCACAGCCAGGCAAUCCUGAUAAAUCCGAAGAAUGUGAUAGUGAGUACGCCGUCUGGCUGUCCUUCGCGGAGAUUUACAAUGGAAACGUUUACGAUCUGUUGGACUUCGCGGAAACACGCUCUCCAUUGAAAUUGUAUAUGAACACUGAAGGGCAAACUGUUUGCGAUUUGAGAAAAAUGUAUGCUGUAACUGCGCUGGAAGCUCAUAAGAUUAUCAUGGCAGGCCAAUCGAACAUGAGCGUCACAGGAUCGGGGAAUUCUCGAUCACAUACUAUUUUCACGAUGGAAUUAGUGAAGUAUCAGAAGGAUUGUGCAGCGGAAGAAGUGAUCAUCAGUUCUUUGACUUUUUGCGACUUGGCUAGCUCUACACAGUUCAAGAAAUCACAUAUGCGCGAAGUAAGUAGUAUCAAUAACAGCCUGCUAGUGCUUGGUAGAUGCCUCAAGGCUCUGAGUCAGAAUCGAAUGGCACCAUUCCGCCAGUCAAAUUUAACGAGAAUAUGUCAACGAGCCCUCUCAGGUGAAGAAAAUCUGAGUUUUAUAAUGAAUGUCAUUCUUGAGUCAAGUUUGAAUCUACUUGAGAUACAGAGAGAUAGAUUUGAAAUGCAGAGCAUUUUUAAUUUCUGUGAUAUAAUUAGAAAGCUAACAAAUUAUCAUAAGGAGUGCAAACAAAUUUGCGAAUUUGAAGAAACUAUCCGUGAUCUCGAAACAUUUGAUAAUACUAUGACGUCAUCAUCUAAUUAUCAAAGCCCAUGUGAGAGUGCAGAAAUGAUUGGCUGUACCGAUUCGUCAGAGUGCAGAGAUAUACGAGAACAGAAUAGAAGACUAAAGCAAGAAUUGGAAGCUGCAAAAAGUGAUAUGUUAAAUUGCGAAUACUCAAUUCGACAACAACUGGCCGAUCGUUAUUUACGCACAAUUGAAGAGUUGGAAGGGACCUACAAAGAGAAUACCAAGAAGAUCGAAACUGAGGGAGAGGAUCUAUUAAAAUGGUCUAAAGCUCUCAAACAGGUCGAAAGCUUUUAUAAGGAACGCAUCGAUAAUCUGAUGCAGCAUAAGAAGAGAAAGCGAGGAAACAGCGGAGAUUAUAUCGUAGAUAGUCAUACACUUUACGAAGAGCUCGAAGCUGAGAAUGCACAGGUCACUUCCAAGGUGAUGGUUCUGAAAGAAGCAGUGAAGAAAUUGAGGCAAGAGAACAAGACGAUCCUCUGCGAAAAGAACAAAUAUAGCUUUGAAUUAGCUUUAGUAACGGAAGAAUUGAAAAAGUUUCGACAGCUCACGCGAGCUAGGAUUCGUAAGUGGGAUGGCAACACUGAAAACAUCGAGGAUGACACUGAUUGUCUCAUGAACAAUCUGGAACGGUCAAUGGAUGAAAAAGUAAAAAGAACCGAGGAGAAACUCGAAGAGAUGAGCGAAUAUAUUCGUGUAAUAGAAAAUAAAGACGCUGAAGCUGCUUCUGGAGCGAAACAGAAAUUAUCAAAAUCGGAGUAUCUUUUGAAUGAUACUUUGAACGAAGUGAAAGAAUUAGAAGAGGAACUUUUACAAGACCCUUGCAUCAUCAAACUGCAACAUCAUACACAGUUGCAAGAAAGACAGCUUGUUGAAGUUCGACAGUGCUCGAAUGAUACCAAAAAUGAGAGUAUAAGCGAUCAAAAAUGUGAUCAAUCAAAUAUUUCAUUUGAGGAUUAUAUAGCAGAUAGCUCUAUUCAGGAUGAUAUAUCUGUAGUGAAAAAUCCCUCACGAAUGUGCAUGAACUCAACCACAAUUGAACAAAACGAGUUUAACGACUGGACCAUUGUUCCUACAUUGUUUGCGGACCAUGUCGAAUCAACGAAGAAGAAAUUCUCGAACGUGCCAAGCGUUGAUCGCAAAAGUCUCUUUGAAAGUAGUGGCAGUAUGGAUUGCAGCGGUUCUAGAUCGAGUGACAGAAGUAGCAAAGAUGACUCGGGUGUAAGUAGCGAAUUACAAAGAUCUACCAGCAUAAGUGAUCACGCGAGUAUCCACGAAAAUGAGGAUAAGUGCACAGAAACUUGUGUCAUCAAUGAGGACAAUCAGAAUUUAGUGAAAGAAAACUUUGAACAGCUGAAAGAUAGCGCAGAUUUGAAUAAAUGGAAUUAUCAAGAGAUGGUACAUGCUGGUGAAUUGUCUGAAGACCUGGAAACUAUUCGGGAUGUGAUUUAUACAUUAAAUGAAGAGACUUACGCGAACGAUUAUCAAAUGGUGCAUAAAGAGGAAACAUUGGAACGACUGAUUGAAGAGAAGAGUGAAAUUGGAACCAAAGACGAUAGCGUAUUCAAGAUGACAGAAAAUAAAAUAGAAGAAUACAAACGUGAGAUUUGUGAGCUAAGCCGCAAACUGGUAGUCAAGGAAGAAAAUGAAAAUCGAAUUUCCGAAUGCUUAGAAAGAUAUGUAAAGAAAUCUAGAGCCUUUGAACAUAAAUUAUCUUUGUUGCGCAACCGGCUGAAGAAAGUGUUUAGUACAUGCGCAAAUGGACAUUUACCAAAGAUCAAAAAUUUGGAAGAAGAAUUGUUACAAAAGAUAAGCGAGCUCGAUAGAAGGAUUGCUGAAAUGCAACAUGAUUUUGCGAAAAACUACGAAUUGUUCCAGAAGAUAUAUGAUUUUGAGAUUAUUGUGAACAAAUGUCAAAAAGACAAGAACGAGCUUUACACGCAGUUGUAUGAUUGUUCCGAGACCCAAUUGACUCUCGAGGAUAAACUGAAGAAAUUAACAAUGAAGAUAACAGAAAGAGAGAGCGGAAUUAUCUCGUUGAAAAGUGAAGUACGUAAUAUAGCAGAUCUGAACGUUGCAAACAAUGAGAAAGCGAGAAAUCUGAGUGAGCAAAUUACCGAAGCUUACGAAAGUAUCGGUUUGGUUAAGGAAGAUCUGCAUUGUUGCAAAGAUUUGCGUAAAAAUAUGGAGAAUACCAUGAAAGCGGAAAUUCAUAAUUUGAAAUCUCAGUUGUCAGAUCAAGAAAAUAAUACAACACUCCUGAACGAAAUUUACAAGACUUAUAGCGACAGCCAGGAUGAAAUAACUCGUUUAAAGAUGCAACUGGAGCAUAAAGAAUUAGAAUUAACUCUACUUAAAACUAAUAAAAAUGCUUCAAUAAAAAGAUAUGAGAUUUUGAAACAUUUGCAAAAUGAAAUCGAAGAGAAGAAUAAAUACUUUGAAACUGCGAACAGUUUAAAUAACUUGGAAAGAUCUUUAACUGAGAAUCAAAAAGAGUCAGAAGAAACCUUAAGAAAUCAUGAAGCCAAAAAUAGUUCCGCAAACAGUUCCAGUUUCGUGCCUAAUCACGCUAGUUCGGAGACAUUAACUGUUUCGUCAGCUCCAAGUGAAAAAUCCACAACUUUUUUCGAUGAGGCUAAUGACUUUGAUUACAUUACCAUUAAAUUGGAUAACGAAUCUUGUCAGACAGAAAGCAGUAUAAAGUCAAACAUAUAUUCAUCUGUAUGCGAAACUGAUAGUUCUGAAAUGGAACAUAAUUUUAACAUGAGAUCAUCAGAUACCAAAGACAAAAAGAAAAGUCCAAAUUGGAUGAAAGUUAGAAAAAUAUCUGGUAAUACCACACUUUCGCGCACUUUUUGUAAACACACAGAUAUUAAUAGUGAUUCAGAAAUUGAGUGA